UUUACACGUUUUCCCCACGUUUAUGUUUUCUAUAUUUUGAAGAAAGCCGUUUCACGGUAUCCUUUUCCCUUUUUAUUUCCGUUUCCGCGCAACAUAGGCCAAUCACAUUGAAUCAAGAAAAUCUAAAACAUAAUCUGACGCCAUCUACAAAUGGAAAUGAACACCAUUUGGAUUCACCUGAAAAUUCUCCAAAUUUGACACUACCACCCUCCCCCAUCAUUCAUUCUAUUAUACAUUAAGACUAAUUUUUCUUCACUAAACUUUAAUUAUUUUUUCACUUAAUUUUUAUUUAAUAAAGAAUGUUUAGUUAUGUGUUGUGAAAAUUUGUGGAUCAGUUGGAAAUGGCACAGCAAAAUGGAAUGAUCAAGUCAGUUACUGAUGUUAAUUUCUUAUAUCCCAACCAAUUCAACCUUCAACCACAAAAUGCCUUCCCAGCUGAUCCUUUCAUGCCACAAAACUUGGCAUACCAAUUGCAAUAUUUUAGCUUCAUGCCUCAAAUGCAAUCUUGGAAUCAACAGUUACCUGCAGAUCGUCACCAACAGCUCAAUCGAGAUGCGCCUAUACUGCCUACUUCAGUCGAUCCACCACAGCAUGCUCUCUCCUUGCUGCCAAAUCCUUCUACUUCUAGGUAUUGGACUACUCCUAUUUAUUUGGAUAUUGCUUAUUAG